AUGGCCGACGAACCACCCCUGGAUACUGCCGUGCCCAAAGACGGCGUACGCGGCCGCAUCACCUUUGAUCCCAAUGCAAACGACGGUCGUCAGCCCCAGGGCGGCACUCCGUCGCGCAUGCGUUCUGCGUCGCGCAGACGCUCCCGGAGCCGUGACAGUGGCAGUUCGCGCAGCCGCCUGCCUGCAUCUCCGGUUGCCGGCAUCCCCAUUGAGUACCGUACGCUCUCCAUCCAAGUGUCCGAGAGCCGCCGGGCCGAGGAAGACCAUGGCGCGGGCAGCAAGGUGGCGGCCGCCAAUAAGGACGACCAGGACUACUUUGCCAACCUCUCCUUCCACGAGGUGGACGUGGAUCAGCUCUGCCAGCAGCUGAAUGUCGCCCAGGAUGUCGGCUUGUCUGAGCAUGCCGCAUCGCAGCGCCUCGCGCGCGAUGGCAAGAAUACGCUCCCGCGGCCCAAGACGAACUACCUCAAGAAGAUCCUGUUGUAUCUCUUUGGCGGCUUCUGCUCCAUCUUGUGGAUCGGCGUCGUCGUCUUCUUCGUCUGCUGGAAGCCUCUGAGCAACCCUCCCUCGCCGACCAACCUCGCGCUGGCCAUCUUGUGGUCGACGCAGCGAACCAUGAAAUCCAUCCUCGGCCUCAUGCCCUCGGAGACGCUGGUCCUGCGCGACGGCGCCCUCUGCAAGCUGCCCACCGCGGACCUGGUCAGCGGCGACGUCGUCCAUCUGAAGAUGGGCAACCGCGUGCCGGCCGACAUGCGCAUCGUCAGCCACUCGGGCGACCUGCGCUUCGACCGCUCCAUGCUGACGGGCGAGCCGGAGGCGAUUGAAGGCACGGUGGACGCCACGGACGACAACAUUCUCGAGAGCCGCAACAUUGCGCUCAUGGGCACCAUGGUCGUCAACGGCGGCGGCGUGGGCGUCGUGAUUCUCACGGGCUCUCGCUCCGUCAUGGGCCGCAUUGCCAAGGCCACGGCCAACGCCAAAGAACGCGUCCCGCUCGUCCAGCAAGAGAUCUGGCGCUUUGUCCGCAUCAUUGUGGUGCUCACAGUGGUGCUCGCCCUUUUGAUUCUGCUGACGUGGGUCGGCUGGCUGAGGAAGGACCACUAUGGAUACAUGAACGUCGUGGCCAUGUUGAACGACGUCAUGGGCUGCGUGGUCGCCUUCAUUCCGGAAGGGAUGCCGGUCGCGGUGGCAUUGACGUUGAUGCUCGUCGCCAAGCGCAUGAAAGCCGCCGACAUCUUGCCCAAAGGCCUGACGACCGUCGAGACCCUGGGCUGCGUCAAUGUCAUCUGCUCGGACAAGACGGGCACGCUGACCCAGAAUCAGAUGCGCGUCAGCUCGGCCGCAUUCGUCGACCGCCCUCUCCACCCGGCGGACCUGACGCGCAUGCUGGAAGAGGAAGAGGCGGACCCGGCGGCGCAGAAUCCGAGUCUCGCGCGGCUGCGCCAGGCCGCGCUUCUCUGCAACGACGCCACCUUUGAUCCGACGACGCUCUCAUUGCCCGUGGACGAUCGGACCGUCCAGGGCAACGCCACCGACGCGGCUGUGCUCCGCUGGGCCGCGGCCGGCAAGAACGCCGACGACAUUAUCGCCGCGUCGCCGAGGCUCUUCCAGAUCGCCUUCAACUCCACCAACAAGUGGAUGCUCACCAUGCAUCCGAUGAUGCGUCCGAUGACCGACCACAAUCAUGAUCACGAGAAGGCGGGCGGCAGCCCCGUGCAGGUGUUUGUCAAAGGCGCGCCAGACGUCCUGCUCCCUGCCUGCACAAGGUACUGGUCGGGCACGUCGAAUUCGGUCGCGCCUCUCGGCGACGACGCCCGGGCGGCCGUCCGGGCGUACCAAGACCAGCUGUCGUCCAACGCUGAGCGAGUCAUUGUGCUGUGCGAAAAGGUCAUGCACCCCGUCCAUGCACGCGGCACCAACGCCUUGAGCGACGAGGUGGCCCUGACGGCGAUGGCGGACCUCACGCUCGUCGGUGUCCUGGGAAUCACGGACCCGCCGCGCCCCGAGACCGCCCACACCGUGGCCGAGUGCCGCCGUGCCGGCGCUCGCUUCUUCAUGGUCACGGGCGACUACAGCCUGACCGCGGCCGCCAUCGCGCGGACCAUUGGCAUCUUCACGGGGGACCGCGCGCCGGACACGCUCGAUGCGGUCCAGCGGGCCGCCGCGACGCGGCCGGAGGAGCUGCGCCGCGCACGGCGCGAUGGCACGCACCACAGCCUGCUCCUGGACGGCGCCGGGGUCGUGCGGCUGUCGGCGGCGGACUGGGACGUCGUGUGCGAGUACGGCGAGAUUGUGUUUGCGCGCACGACGCCCGAGCAGAAGCUGCGCAUCGUCAACGAGCUGCGCCAGCGCGACAACGUGGUGGCCGUGACGGGCGACGGCGUCAACGACGCGCCGGCGCUGCGGGCGGCGGACGUCGGCGUGGCCCUGGUCGGCGGCAGCGACGUGGCCAUCGAGGCGGCCGACCUGGUGCUGCUGGACCGCUUCAGCGCCAUUGUCGACGCCGUCCGCCUCGGGCGCCUCGUGUUCCAGAACCUGCAAAAGGUCAUCGCCUACCUGCUCCCCGCCGGCAGCUGGUCCGAGAUCUGGCCCGUGCUGGUCAAUGUCUUUUUCGGCGUGCCGCUGCCGCUCAGCGCGUUCCUCAUGAUUGUCGUCUGCGUCUUCACGGACCUGUUCUUGUCGCUGUCGCUGAUUAUGGAAAAGGAAGAGUUUGACCUGCUCUCACUGCCGCCGCGCAACCACAGGCGCGACCACCUGAUCACGGCCAAGAUCUACAUCCAGGCCUACCUGGUCACGGGCACUAUGGAGACGUGCGCCGCGCACGCCAUGUUCUUCUUGUACAUGUGGCGCUACGCCGGCAUCCCCGUCCGCGACCUCUUCUUCCUCUUCGAGGGCUACACGGCCGGCUUCCACGGCUACACCGCGGACGAGCUGGCCCACUUCAACAAUACCGGACAGUGCGUCUACUUUGUCUGCCUCGUCAUGCUGCAAUGGGGCAACAUCCUGGCCGUGCGCAACCGGCGCAUGAGCAUCGUGCAGGCGGAUCCCUUUACCCGGGCACGCCGCAACCCCUGGCUCGUCCUGAGCAUGGCGAUAAGCCUUGCCAUUGCCGUCUUUGUCACGGAAGUGCCCGGCAUACAGUCUCUGUUCAAUACGGCAAGCGUUCCGCUCGAAUUUUGGUUGAUUCCCAUUCCGCUGGGCGUCGGCAUCCUGUGCGUCGACGAGAUGCGCAAGCUGCUGGUUCGCCUGUUUCCCACGGGUCCGCUCGCUCGGAUUGCUUGGUGA